CUUUCUGCCGUCACCUUUGUUGCACGAUAUUCAUAUUUUCCUUCUGAAUAUGUUGAAUAUAAAUAAUCCACAAGUGUUUCACGGUGUUUGAACGCACGCGGACCCUUCAAAACUGCGUUUGUACAAAUCUUAUCGAGUUCUCUAUGGAAGCCCGCUAACAAUAGCGAGCUAGCUAACGUUACAGGAGCUAACUUUAGCUAGCAGCUAGCUGUGUGUUUUCGUGUUUUUGUUGAGUGAAGAACAAGUUUUUAAAAAAGAGCUUCGACCCUUUUACAAAAAUGACGUCUGCCUCUGCGAAGGUGGGAGAGAUUUUCUCUGCAGCAGGAGCUGCUUUCACCAAGCUGGGAGAGCUGACCAUGCAGCUGCACCCGGUGUCAGACUCCAGCCCUGCAGGAGCCAAAUGGACAGAGACAGAGAUCGAGAUGCUGCGUUUGGCAGUUCGUAGAUUUGGAGACGACCUGAACAACAUCAGCACUGUGAUCAAAGAGCGCACUGUAGCUCAGAUAAAGAGCACCGUGAAGAGGAAGUUGUACGAGGACAGCAGAGUCCCCAUUUCCUCUGAGUCCCCGAAGAAGACUGUCAAGAAAACUGCUGUUGCCAUGACGCCAGCACAGACUCCCGCCACUCCCGCCAUGAUCGCCGUGUCGACAUCACAGGUCGUUGUGGCAACAGGCAUGCAGAACAGCCCCUCACUGGCCCCGCCCAUCAAGAAACAGAAGACGGCAGACGUGACGCUCAGCGCUCUGAACGACUCAGACGUGAACAGCGACCUGGUGGACAUCGAAGGACUCGGCGACGGCUCGUCUAACAAGAAACUCAACUUCGACCAAGAGAGCCUGAACCUGGACUCCAGCCUCAUCAUGAACUCCAGUGACCUGCCCCUCCUGUCCCGUUGACCUUUGACCUCCAGAUCAUCCUGUGGCUUCACGUCGAGCCGCCUCUUAAACAUGUACAUUUUUACAAAGCCUCUGUUACCGUCCUGUCACCUGAAGCUCACCUGUUCAUCAGGAGGCUCCGCCUCCACGUGUUGCAGCUCAGACCUGAGCUGAAGGCAACAAAUUCACAACAGUUUAAUUUUCUUUUCAAAGAACGUGAUGAACUUCAGGUCAGGAUUUAGUUUGUUGCUUUUUGUUUAGCAGAAUCAUGUUUCCAUCAGAUUUUAGUUGAGUUCUGAACCGUUUUUAGAAAUCAGACAGAAAGUCUGAGAAGAGAAACAUCAGUCAGUUUUUUACAUCCUGUGUUUAUCGUGCAGAAUAAUCUGCUUCAAAGACGCUUUAAUAUGAAGAAACAUGUUGGCAGGAAGACGAUGAACUGUUCACUUAGAUCAGUCUUUUGUGCUCAAAGUGCUUAUUUUAUCUUUAAACUAAUAAUUAAUCCCUCGUUUUAAUUAUCGUGCAGCUAUGAAGCUGCGCUGUAAUCACACGUGGCCACCUGAACAUCUGAGUCACAGCUUGUUUUCAUGAAAAAAACUCAAAAGAUUUUUAUCCAGAAUCCUGAACGACUCUUUGAACGGUUCAGUUAAAAAAAAACAAAAGCUCCGUCAGCUGAUCAACAAACAUGUUUGAAGCAGAGUUCAGCACCAUGAGGAGCAUCUGAAGAUAACAGAGUUUGUUGUCGGUGAACUUUCAGCAGGAAACAAUAUAAAACAAAAACACAACAUUGACAACUGAACCAAUAUAACAGAUUCGUUUAAAUGUCGGUUCACGUUGUUUAAAUAACGAGUGUCGUUUCCGGCCACCAUCUUUGUUUGGACACCAGCGAUGCUUGGAGAUUUAUAAUUAUUACACUUUGUUUCAGUUCAGAUGUCGGCUGAUGUCUUAAGAUCAGAAGAUUUUACUUCCUCAUAUCGGCACUGAACCCGAAAACAAAAUGAGGUUUAAAGAGUCUUUGAGGAUUGUGGAAACUGGACGUUAAGUGCGAUGAGGUGACAGAAACACAGGAGAGGCAGAGAACAGUCGGUUAUCCUGUAAAAUGUUGUGUUCAACUGACAGAACGUGGAUUUUCUCCACACGUCAACUCGUUGAAGACUUCAGAUGGAGGACGAGAGCUCAGCGGGACGCCGAUGAUUAAAGCGAGGGAAUAAACAAACAGACGACUGACUCGAGGGGACAGUUCAUCAGAUACUCUGCAGAGACGAGAUCGACUUCAUACGAAUAAUACAUUUGUUGGGACUAUUUUCAGCGGCGGAUGAAUCCACAGUUUUCAGUUUGAGUCGGAACGUUUAGUUCUGUUGAAGAUGAAAUGUAGAAACCAGCAGGCGUUCCUGUCAGUGUCCUGGUGAUCAUGAAGGUAGCUGAGAUAGAAAUCAGGAUUUUGACUUGAACAUGUUCCCGAUCAGUGGCUGAGUGACGUACAAACACAUUUUGAUUAUGUUAGUAAAAAAAACUGAACUCAGA